AUGUUUUUUUUACCAUCUGUCUUAAUUUUAUCAAUAUUGACGAUACAAAUAUGUUUUAGUAAAAAAGAUACCAUACAUAUAAUGGAAGAUCUUCCAAUUGGUAGUGCUAUUUAUACAUUUCCAUUUGAUUCAUGUUCAUCUAUUAAUACAAUUCAUUCAUUACCAAAUAGUAAUCGUUUUAGUUUUAUCGAUGGUCAACGUAGUCAAAAUCAAUAUUUUCUUAUUGAUCCAUUUACGGGUCGUGUAACAACAAAAAAAUUAAUUGAUCGUGAUGAUUUUUGUUUAAAUCGUUUAUGUUCAUGUGAACGUUGUGAAAUUAAUUUAGAAGUAUUAUGUGUUAAUUCUGAUGUCUAUUUUACGGGUGUAUCAAUUAUUAUUGAUGAUUUAAAUGAUCAUGCACCAAGAUUUGAUAAAUUAAAUUAUGAUAUUGAAGUAUUAGAAAAUGUACCAAUUGGUUAUAUUAUUCCACUUGAUGCAGCUAUUGAUCGUGAUUAUGGAAAUAAUUCUAUACAAGGAUAUAAAUUAAUUCAAGAUGAACAAAAUAAAAUUAAAAAUGUUUUUCAAUUACAACAAGAUUUAUUAUCAUUACGUUUAAUAAAAUUACUUGAUCGUGAAAUAUGUGAUAUAUUAAUUUAUACUUUGAUAGCAACCGAUGGUGGUCAACCACGUUUAUCUGGUCGAAUGAAAAUUACAAUUAAAAUAAUGGAUGUUAAUGAUAAUUCACCUAUUAUGGAUAGAAAAGAAAUUUAUGUACAAUUGAGUGAAUUAACACCCAUUGAUAAUUUAGUAACACGAAUACAUGCAUUUGAUGGUGAUAGUGGACUUAAUGGUCAAAUACGUUAUUCAAUAUCAUUAAUAGAUCCACCAAGUGCAAAUAAAACAUUUAAAUUAGAUUCUGAAAGUGGUGAAUUAAAAUUAGCUAAAUUAUUAGAUUAUGAAAUAGAAAAACAUUAUCGUUUAACAAUUUGUGCUGCGGAUCGUGGACAAGGUUCAAUGCCAGCAUUUUCCAUUGUCGAUGUAACAGUAAAAGAUGAAAAUGAUAAUGAACCAUUGUUUAUGAUUAAAUUUGCUGAAUAUAAAUCGGAAUAUGUCUAUUCAAAUAAUACAAAAAUAAUUUAUAUUAAAGAAAAUGCACCAAAUGGAACAUUUUUAGGUCAUAUAUCAAUAAAUGACAUUGACGAAGGUGAAAAUGGUCAUGUUAAUUGGAAAUUGAAUGGAAAUGAAACAAUUUAUACAAAAGAAAUAUUUAAUGACGCAUUUUUAAUAUUCACAAAUCGUACAUUUGAUCGUGAAAUAAAUGACUUUUAUGAAAUAUCAUUAUUUGCUGUUGAUAAUGGUCAAAUACCAAAAUCAAAUACAUUUAAUUUUUCGUUAAUAAUCUUGGAUGAAAAUGAUAAUGAACCAUUAUUUGAACAAAAUUCGUAUACCGUUAAUAUUCAAGAAAAUAUUCUUGUUGGAAGUAUUAUUGUCUCUGUACAUGCCACUGAUUUUGAUCAAAAUGAUAACGGUUAUAUAACAUAUCGAAUAGUGGCCAAUGAUAAUAUUGCAUUAGAAUAUUUUAAUAUAAACGAACAUACGGGCGAUAUUCGUGUUCAACAAUCACUUGAUCGUGAAACAAUAUCUCAAUUUAAAUUUGAAGUAUCAGCUUCUGAUAAUGGUCAACCAUCUUUAACAUCAAUUGUAAACUGUACAAUAAAUAUUUUAGAUAUUAAUGAUAAUAAACCAAUAUUUUCAAAUAAUACGUUUGAAUUUUAUAUACAAGAAACACAAGAAGCACAAACAAUAAUUAUAGGACAAAUAAAUGCAACAGAUUUAGAUGAAAGUCAAAAUGGUCAAAUUAAUUAUAGAUUAAUUUAUAAUCGAACAAUUGAUUACACUAAUGAAACAAGAAAUGAUAUCAAUGAUAAUGAAUGGCCAUUUUAUUUGACACUAAAUGGGACAUUUUAUUUAAAAGGACAUGUUGAUUAUGAACAACAGACUCGAUAUGAUAUGUCCGUUAUGGCAUAUGAUCAAAAGGGUUUGAAUACAACUGUACCAUUAACAAUUCAUAUUCAAAAUCGAAAUGAUUGGUGUCCUGAAUUAAAAAAUCAGACAGUCUAUUUUUUUAUAAAUAUCGAUGAAUGGAAUCAAACAGCAUUGUAUAAUCCUGUUGAAAUUGAUGAUGGAGAUAAUGAUACUUGUCAAAUGAUUCUAUUAAAUUUUAAUAAUUUAUUUCAAUUAGAAGAAAUAUCACGAAAUAUUUUUAAUUUAAAAGCUAUUGCUAUACCGUACAAUGAACUCUAUGUAUUGGAUAUUAAAUUGCAAGAUAUUGUUCCUAAUGAUGAUAAAACAUGUGAAAAACGUGUUAAAAUAAUAGUUGCAAUUGGAAAUAAUCAAACAAAUCAAUCACAAGUUCAUGAAAUAGCUCAACAAUAUUUAGAAACAAUACGUUUAAGAGAUAUACAUGCAGCUAGACAAGGAUCAUAUUUUGAUUUGACAUUAUUCAAUAUUAUUGGAUUAUUUAUUAUUCUAUGUUUUCUAAUUAUUCUUAUACUUAUUGUCAUUCGAAUUGGUCUAGCAACAACGAGAAGAAAAUCGACUCGUUAUCAUAUACAUCAUCAUAAAGAUCAUCCAAAUAGAAUUGGUACACUCUAUCGUUUACAACAAGAACAAACAGAGACACAAUUACCUUUACUAGCAAAUAAUGGUGGUGAACAUUCAUUAACAUCAUCAUUGAUCGUUAAAAAUACAAAUGGAAAUGAGAAUAUUGGAAAUGAUGAAGAAGAGUUUCGUCUUAAUCAAUGUAAAGAAGAUCAAACUACUACUCAAUUGGCAUCAACACUACGUGUAAGAGACAGUGGUUAUGAAUCAUGUGAUGCUGAUAAAUCAAAAAUACCUAACAGUCAAUCAAAUGUAUCCUUGUCACCCGAUGGUCAGACAUUAAUCGUAUCUUAUUAUACUACACCACCCAUUCUCGAUAAUAAUACUCUUUCUCAACGAACAACACUAAGAACAUUUUCUAGUCAACCUUAUCAACAACAUCAAAACGAUUCAAUCAUUAAUCGUGUAAGACUAGCUGAACAAGAAAUAAUAGAAGUAUGA